AUGCAUGUACCCUGCCACACAGAUGAUGAUGAUGAUGAUAUGCUGGAUUCGUCUCCAAAACGCAAAACAACAACAACAACAACAUCCAGACGGGGGCCAGACAGUGGAGAGUUUGCUAACAAUUUAGUGGGGCCCCGAACUCAGCUGCGAAAUACAAUUCUUCGGAAAAGAGCAAAAACCUUCAGAGAUUGCUGCGUACGAAAUGCCCCCUUGUACGUACAUACAUACAUACACAUGUAUGUAUGUAUGUAUGAAACAUUCCCCAUGUACGUGGUACUUGCUCCCAUUUACCUAACCAAGGGGAACACAUCCGCCGGAGGAGCAUUCUCGCACAUUAUGUGACCACCUUCUUGAAUAGACAACUUCCAUUGCGUUGGCGUUGAAUUGUGCAAGCCCAGGGCACAUAGUGCUCCAUUGGAGGAGUGGCGACCAAAAAAUGGGGCCAUAAAUAAAAACUUGAAUGAUAUAACAUCCAGGGGAUUGGGUUCUAUAGCAGUGCCUAUGUAAUAUAUGGUAUUUUGAGUGAUACUGCAGGAACAAAUUCUAAAUAAUUUGAUUUGCUUAAAACAAAGUUAUUCCAAAUUCAAAAUAGAACGUAGUAAACUUUUCGUGUUAUACCUUGAAAUUACUAUGCGUCAUAGAAAAGCAAAUAUUUCUCUAUAUAUCUAAAUUGUAUUCGUCUCAAAAAUGAGCAUUAACAGACUUACAGCCCAUGGGUUAUUACCUAUCCGUCAUUAACCAUUCAUGCAAUUUAAUAAUUUCCCCCACUGUAGACCCCCUUUCUUGGAUAUUAAUUAAAGUUAAUAGCUUAAAUGCCAGGCCAUAAAGAGCAGAAAUGUUCUGCAGUCUCGAAGUUUCGCGAAAGUGCUCCAUCCUCCGAGGAAUGUACUCCAACCUUCCUAUCUCGUAUAUAUGCCUUUUCAUCCCCACUCCCCCAGCAGAUUGCUCAUUUUCCAUAGCGAUACUCUCACUUUCAAUGGCAGAUAAUGCGUAAUGCCGGCAAAUUCGAGAACUCUGCGAUAUUUUCAGCCCGAGAAGUUUCGUGUCCCUUCU